AUGAGUGCGUCCAAUUUCGACAUCGAUGAGCGUACCUUCUUCGUUCUCCCCGAUGAAGAACUGCCAGAGCGCCACCGCCGAAGCAAACGACUCACCCCCGAGAUCAUAUUUCUGGCAGCAGUUGACCGCCCGAGGGACAGUACUCACGAGGAAUAUUACGUCUAUAGACCGAGUCGUCAUCAAGGAGUUUUGCUGAAGGAGGUCAUACCUAAAAUCAAGCGUAAGUGGCCCGCACGAGACCGAGACAAGCCCAUUCUGAUUCAGCACGAUAACGCCAAGCCCCACGUCUCUCCGUACGACUCCGACAUCGUGGCAGCUGGAACAAUCGUCUGCUCUGUCAGCCACCCAAUUGACCAGACUUAA